UCCAGAAGGGAGUGGCAUGGCAAGAACGGAAUUUCACUUCCUGUAUCUCUCAGAUGACUCACCUGGGCAAUGUGGUUGAACGAUUGCACAAGUUUCUGUCGACAUCAAACGAUUAACUCUCUUGUGAGAGUUCCAGAGUUGUAGGAGAAUAGAUCAACCCGGAAACCUAUGAGGAAGGUUGGAACUUCUUUUUUCUGGCUGCUUAUGAGAAAGUAAGAAGGACUUUAAAUUCCUAUAAUGAAUUCAUUGGGAGCGCUCCUGUUCCUGGUGGUAUCGCUACACUCCGGGGCUGGCCAGAAAACUGGUGAGGAAUGUUUAACCCAGUUUAAGAAUGGCAAGGAGGAUUUUGUCCUCGAUGCCGACGAGUCUGUGAAAGACGGAGCGACGUUCCUUUCGUCCCCGAAGUUGGACCGAUACAAGGACUGCGUGGUCUCCUGCUGCAAAGAUCCGAAGUGCAAUGUCGCCUUCAUGGAGAGAGGGGAGGAGGAGGGCUCCAUCAAAUCAUGCUUUCUGUUUGAUUGUCUGUACAAAAAGAAAUACGCCUGCCGCUUUGUCAGGAAGAAGGGAUACGUCAAUUACAUCCUGGACUCCGUUUAUGACAGUUACCUGGAAGUGGAUGUCCCAUCAAAUGAAAAUGACCAUCCACCGGUGGCCAAUGGAGGCCAGGACCGGGUGGUCCAGCCUCAGGACAGCCUGACGCUGAAUGGCAUCGCGAGCAAAGAUGACAAGGGGAUUGUGUCCUUCCAGUGGCAAAUGCUCACCUUAUAUCCACAUGCUGUCAUUGAGAAAACCACUUUUAAAGACCAGAUUAUCGUGUCCAAUCUGACAUCUGGGAUGUACAAGUUCCAGCUGACUGUCACAGACACCAUCGGCCAGUCAGACUCAACCAAAGUCACUGUCCUGGUCCUUACCCCUGAACAGUCAGAGCAUCACUGUAUGGCUCCAAUGAAGAUUGGGCCGUGUCGCGGUUCUUUCCCUCGCUGGCAUUACAACGGAGCCUCAGAAGAGUGUGAGCAGUUCAUGUUUGGGGGCUGCAGGGAAAAUCUCAACAACUAUCUCUCCAAGGAUGAGUGCACCAACGCCUGCCAUGGCAGAGAAAAAAGGGGUACUGGUAGAGGUUUACCAGUUCCAACACCAGGAGAAAAAUGUAAUGGUCCAUGUACUACAGAGGAAUUCACCUGUGGGAAUGGGUGCUGUCUGGAUCCAGGCCUGGAGUGCGAUUCAACCCCACAAUGUAGCGAUGGAUCAGAUGAGCAGAAAUGCGAGGACUUGAACAACAAGUUUCGGAUUCUGCUGCAGAUUCCAGUGGAUGAACAAAAAGUACGCUGCACAGAGCCUCCUGACACGGGAAGCUGCAGGCACAGUCUCACUAAGUGGUACUACAACCCCGUAGCACAGGACUGUUUCCCCUUCAACUACGGUGGCUGCCAGGGAAAUGAGAACAGAUUUGACACCAAGGACUCCUGUAUGAAAGUCUGCCGAGGUGUAACAGAAAAAGAUGUGUUUGCAAGACAGGCGGAGUUUGAGCGCAUGACGUCUGGAUACGACAUAAGCACUAUAGUAAUAGCUGCUCUCCUGGGUGUAGCUAUCGCCAUCCUUCUGGGCAUCCUGGUGUACUGCUUCAUAAAGGGAAGGAAGAAGUCUUCACAACACCACCGUGUGCCCGUCAACAAUGUCCCAGUCUCCUCAAUGGAAGACAGAGAGCAUCUCGUCUACAACAGCACCACCAAGCCCAUUUGACCCCGCAGCCCUCUCACCUUUGAUCCCUGUCCAGGUGGUGAGCACCACUGUUUGCCAGAGCUGUGUCAUUAACUGAAUGAACUCAGAUUGAUGAGAGAGGAAAGUGUCCGUUCACUCAGUUUGAAUGCGGGAGGGGAUCUUAUUUUAUUUUUGUCCAUAACACAGUUUUAAGGGUCUUCAAUACUGAAAUGUGAUUUUAUGAUUUUAAGCUUGUUUUAAAUGCAGCGGUGUGUGCAGUUUGUACUCAGGUUAAGAGAGAACUCAUUUUGUUAGUGUGGAGGUAGAUUAAUACUGGACUUCAUCCACAUUGUUCCCUUUGGAUCACUUCAUAAAUAUUUUUUAUUUUAUUGUACUUGUUUCCAUUAAACAAUUUGAUAGUCCUAGAGAGGAGCUCUUUUUAAAAUAAAGUCAGUUCAGAAGUAAAUUGACACUAGGUCUGUGCUGGGUUGUUCAGACUUCAAAGUUCAAUUAUUCUGAAAACUGAACUCUGGGAAAUGUUGUGGAUAUAUAACAGCAAUCCCUUCAACUUACUGAAGUCCUGCCACGGCAACUUCUUCACCCUGUCAGAUAUCUUCUUCUCUGGUUUUGUGCAUCAUUGUUACAUACUCCACUGGAUUACAUAGACAUGCACCAUGUUGUACAUAAUCUUAGUGUUUUUAGAGAGUAAUAUUUUACCUGAGAAUGUUAUUUUGUCAAUGAUUUCCCAAGUGUGUUUAUAACAAGCAUAAUAGAUACAUUGAAUACUGCUCAUUUAUACCUUAUUCAUACCUCAACAGCUUUGCUGUUGAAUAGCUUGUUUGAAUAACAUUUAAAUGUAACAAAUCUUUGUACAUAGCAUCCUGUCACUUUAGCAGUAUCAUGAUGUUUAUACUUAAUAAAAACAUUAAGUCAAAAUGUU